AUGUCCAUUCCUGUCCCUGAACGCAGUAUGCGCCUUCCGACGCUCAUCGUCACUUCUGGAUGGUUCCAUGCACGACCACCACGCUCGCGUGAUGAUGGACCACGGCCAAUAUACGAACCGGACGUAUGGAAUGUAUAUGCGUUAGCGUAUAAUACAUUUGGAUCUCGGAAAGAUGAUGUUGAAUUGUAUACCUCGAAAUGUUUCUUUAAUUUUUUCUUGAACAUCUCGCCCAAUACUCUUGUUUGUUUCAACAGAGAUAUAGCUAACUUUUGA